AUGGAUUUAUGUAUGGAAGAUAUCUAUUUAAAAAAUUUUGAAAAUUUAGAUGAAAAAAAAGUUAAAUAUGACAAUGAAAAAAAAAAUAAUGAUGUUGAUAAGAUAGAAUAUAAUAUUGAUAAUGAAAACAACAAACACUCAAUAAAUUUAAAGAAAAGUACUAAUUUAAGUGUUGAAGAAAAUAAAAAAGAUGAAAUAUGUGAAAAAGGUACUAAAAAAGAUAAUACAAAGGAGGAAGACAAUGAGAAGAAAAGUAAAAUCUUAAAUGAUUCAAUGAAUUUAAAAUGUAGUGAUGAUGAAAAAGAAACUAAAGAUGAUGCAAAUGAAAAAUAUAACAAAGGGGAUUAUGAAGGAGCACUAAAAAUAUGGGAAAGGGGAUUAAGGACGAUAAAUUAUAUUUUAUCAAAAAAAGACGAAUUGAAAAAUGAAAGAUUACAAACUUUUCAAAAAUUACAUUCAACAUAUUGUAGUAAUAUUGCUCAAGGUUAUAUGAAGUUAAAUAAAUAUUCUGAAUGUGUUAAAUAUUCAUUAUUAGCACAAGAAAAUGAUAAAAAUAAUAUUAAGAUUUAUUUUAGAUUGGCUAAAGGAUAUUUUAUGUUAGGUGAGUAUGAUAAAUCAAUUAAAGUACUGAAUGAAGGAAUUAAGAUUAAUAAUGACAAUUCAUUAAUCAAUUUAUUAGUUAUAGUAAAAAAAAAGAAGCAAACACAUUUAGAAAAAGAAAAAUAUAUGAUGAAAUAUAUUUUUAAAAGUCUUAAAGAAAAUCCAUUAACUGAUGAUGAAAAAAAUAAAAAUUCUUUCUUAAAUUUCUUUUAUACCAUUUAUUCGUUACUAACAUUCUUAUUUACGUUUAUUUCUAUAUUUUAUAAAACUUUUCUUAAUUUAAUUUGUAGUACUAUUAAUAAAUGCAAAAUUAAGAAAGAAUGA